UCUAUUUAUUGGACUCCAUUACAUUUCUACUCGGCUGUCGCAGAUCUGCUCCACUCGAACAAGUCACACGGAAUCGAGAAAUUUCCAUCAGCAGAAUGUCGAAAGAGGCUUCACGCGAACCUGAGCAGCUCCGCAAGCUGUUCAUCGGAGGCUUGAGCUUUGAGACCACCGACGAAAGCCUGCGAGCACACUUCGAACAAUGGGGCUCCCUUACAGACUGUGUGGUUAUGAGGGAUCCAGCAAACAAGCGCUCGAGAGGAUUUGGCUUUGUCACUUACUCCUCUGUGACAGAAGUUGAUGCUGCAAUGGAAGCUCGUCCUCACAAAGUUGAUGGCAGGCUUGUGGAGCCAAAGAGGGCAGUUUCUCGAGAGGACUCGAGCCGGCCUGGUGCUCACGUCACAGUGAAGAAGAUCUUUGUCGGUGGCAUCAAGGAAGACACUGAAGAGUCCCAUCUUCGUGAUUACUUUGAGCAGUAUGGGAAGAUUGAGGUCAUAGACAUCAUGACAGACCGCAACAGUGGCAAAAAGAGGGGAUUCGGUUUUGUAACAUUCGACGACCACGACGCAGUAGACAGGAUCGUCAUCCAGAAAUACCACACUGUCAACGGCCACAACUGCGAAGUGAGGAAGGCGCUGUCGAGACAGGAAAUGCAAGGAUCGCCCAUGGGUGGAAUGAGAGGCCGUGGAGGCUCCGGUAAUUACGGCCGAGGUGGGGGCUAUGGAGGUAAUGAUUUUGACCGAGACGGAUACUUCGGUGGCCGUGGUGACGCUGACUCGGGUUCUGUUUCAGGCGGAAGAGGGGGUGGAUAUGGAGGUGGAGAUGGUUACAACAAUGGUUAUGGAGGUGGAGAUGGUGGCUAUGGAGGAGGCCCUGGCGGUUACGGUGGUGGUAACCGUGGCUACGGAGGAGGACAAGGCUACGGCAACCAGGGCGGCGGAGGCUACGGAGGAGGAGGAGGAAACGGCUACGACAGCUACAACAACGGGAACGGCAAUUUCGGUGGUGGAAACUUCGGAGGUGGCGGCGGUGGCAGCAACUACAACGACUUUGGAAACUACAACAACCAGGCGUCCAACUAUGGUCCCAUGAAGGGCAACAACUUUGGCAGUGGUGGUGGUGGCGGCGGUGGUGGUGGAAGGACCUCAGGCCCAUAUGGAGGUGGAUAUGGAGGUGGCUCAAGUGGCGGCGGCGGCGGCGGUGGUGGAUAUGGAGGUGGAUCCGGCGGAAGACGAUUCUAGAUAAUGGGAGAAUGGACUGAGUACUUAGGAGAGGAGAGCGAGAGAAGUGACAGGGCAGCUGCAGGUUUACCCCAUAGAUCUGCUCAGCCAAACAGUUGUGGCAGGUUACAGCUGCUACAAAGAAGAGAUGUACAAUAGAGAAUCAUGGCGGGGGAUUCGUAAAAAAAAUGUUGUCACCCGGGAUUUUAUAUUUUUAUGUUUCUGGAAAGCAAGCAUUCCAUGAGGUUUUAUGUCGAUUUCUUUCCUUUGCGUAUGGUUUUUAUUUUUGUGUAACUGCAACCCAAUCAAGAUGAAAUAAACCACCUUUCAGUUUUUUUAAAAACA